AUGAACAAAAUAGACUGUUGGCCACCAAAGAAUGGAGAAUCGAGCACCGCCGCACAAAAAUAUGGUGAAAGAUCAACGUGCGAUUCUUCUAACAGAGUAAUAAUGUUACAAGGCCUUGACCCGAAUUCAACUCAAGGAAGAAUAAGGAAAGCAUUUGAGGAUAAUGGUUUAAAGGUCACAGUCGAUUAUCAAAGAGACGAUACUAUAGGUUACGUUCAUUUACAUUUACCUAUGGCCAAAGAAGUCGUUCAUCGUAUUACGAGUUCAGGCGGGUUAAGAGUUGGUUCCGAGUAUGUGGUAUUACGUGCUUUAGAAGGUAAUCAAACUUGA